AUGGUGGGUGCCGUCCAAUUCGGCAUCCUGGUGGCCUGCGUGGUCCUCUUCGUCCCCAUGGGGAUGGCCGGCUGGCACCUCAGCCGCAACAAGAUGCUCUUCUUCAGCGGCGCCCUCUUCAUCACCCUCGCCGUCGGCGUCCACCUGACCCCCUACAUCCCGUCCGUCUCAGUCUUCCUCUCCUCCAUUUCCUCCCUCUCUUCUCCCGAUUCCCAGGAAUCCUGUCUCUCCUUCCUGAACGACAUCGUCUGGGAGGAGCACGAGCGGGGCCCCAAUUCUUCCAGACGCUCCUGGAACUGGGAUCGAUCGAGCCCGGUAGCCGCCUGCGGGUUUCAGAGACUGGGCCGCGCGGACGCCUGCGAUCUCCUCAAUGGGUCCUGGAUUGUGGUCGCCGGUGACUCUCAGGCCCGGCUUUUUGUGCUCUCCCUGCUCAAAUUGGUCCUCGAUUCCGCAGAAAUGGAGGGCGUCCAAAGGGAUCUCUUCAAGCGGCACAGCGAUUACCGGAUGGUGGACGAGGAGCACGGAAUGAAGCUGGAUUUCAUCUGGGCGCCCUACGAAUCGAAUCUUACUGAUCUUCUGCUCGGAUUCAGGGCGGCCCGCAGGUACCCAGAUGUCCUGGUCAUGGGCACUGGGAUGUGGCAUAUGCUCCAUGUGAACAACGCAUCAGACUACGGGCGACUUCUGAGGACUGUGAAGACCUCGCUGCUGUCUCUGCUCCCAAACAUGGCGGAAUUCAGCUCGGAUUGGCCAUUUGCGGGCUCUGUUUCUUCUCUACCGCAGCCCUCUCACAUGUUCUGGCUCGGGAUGCCCACCUUGGUCAACUCCAAGUUGAAUACAGAGGAAAAGAGGGAGAAGAUGAGCCAGUCCAUGUGUGAAGCCUAUCUGAGGGAGCUAGACGAAAGUCAGCUCUUGAGACAGAGGGGGGGCGGCCCUCUCUUGCUGCUGGAUAUUGGAUCACUUUCUAGCAACUGCGGCGAGCAGUGUACAGAAGACGGAAUGCAUUAUGAUGAGGCGGUCUACGAAGCGGGCAUCCACAUCAUGCUCAAUGCACUACUGAUCGUGUCUCACCAGCACGUGUGA